AUGCUUCCGUCGUUCAUGGUCAAACUAUUUUGGAAAAGGAUGGACAAGGUGGCGGAGGGAGUAGGAGAGGGAGGGGGUGCUGAACACGAGGGAGGAGGCGAGGGGGCGCCACGCGUCGUGGUUGAGUAUAGCUACGAGGAGGAGGAGGAGAUAGAGGAGGAUACAUCGAGGCAAGCUCAGCACGGGCAGGCAAAGGGGGACGAUGGGGCUGUCGAGGAGCAGGAGGGCGGAGCGGCUGCGCAUGAGGGUGGGGCAGGAGUGCAGCAGCAAGAGGGCGGGGCGGCUGUGCAGGAUUUUGGGACAGGAGUGCAGCAGCAGGAGGGCGAGGCGGCUGCGCAGGAGGGUGGGGUCGGAGGGCAGCAGCAGGAGGGCGUGGCGGCUGCGCAGGAGGGUGGGGCGGGAGGGCAGGAGCAGGAGGGCGGGGAGGCUGCGCAGGAGUGUCGUCGAGGAGAUGAGCGACAGGUCGCAAUAACAAGGAGACACUGCAUGGCCAGUGGCAGCAGACAGGCGGGCCCUUCGACCGGGCGCCCUUCAACGGCAGGCCAUUCGACGUCGGCCAUUGCAUCUGGAGGCCAGGUCGUCAAGCUACUGCAGAGGGUCCCGGAGUCGUCGAAGAGCACGCUGAAGCAGUGCAGCGACGCCGUAAACGGUGUCACGGAGGAGAGGAAGCUGUUGGAAGGGGCGCGCACGAAGCUCGACAAGAUGAGCGGGAAAAUCAUUGAGGGGGUGGCAUCCGCUAUCACAAAAGCGAGCGAGGACGCCGUCGAGAAGCAGCUCAAGCUUGUCGAGGAGCGGCUAGUUGCUUCGGUCGUGAAGGGUAUUGAGAAAGCCGUCAAGGAGGACUUGUUCUACUCCACCCUCCCGCCCGAGAGCAUGAAGGAGCUGAAGGACGUUGUGAGAGAAGGCUACCAAGAAGCUGAAGCUGGCAGAUUGGAAGUCCUCACCGAAGCGAUGGCGAGAGGGUUUCGAGGCUCGGCGGGCCCGUCGACGAGGUCGCGUCAGGAGGAGGGGGUGGCUGGUGUUUGCAGCGGGGUUGAGCGUCGAGUUCAUGAGCGCUUGGUUCCUCCUUUUUCUUCGGUGGGAGGACAUGUCGGCAGCCCGGUAGCAUCCCCACCGUCGCGUGCCCGUCAGACCGUCGGCAAGUCCUUCGAGGACAACGAGGUCAUCGUACUCGACCAGUCGCCCCUUCAGAAGACCUCCGAAGCGGCACCGAAGCCUCCGCCUGAUGCUUUUCCUCUGCUGCGGGCCAUGCUGCAGGACCUCGGGAAAAGGGGUGGGAAAGGAGUGGUUGCGGGGGAGAAAAGUGGUGCCCCAAUCGAAUCCGUCGCCUCAGUCGGGAAAGGAGCCGUGGAAAAGUGA